UUCAGCGCAUGCGCGAAUUUAACUUCCUUUUCCCCUGUGUUUUUCCGAAUUGCACAAGCACGUGUUGCAAGAUGCAGUUGUUUAUUCGUGGAACAGAGACCCAUGUGGUCGAAGUCACAGGGACAGAGACAGUCCAUGAUGUCAAGGCUUUGAUUGCUGAGAAGGAGGGUUACAGCCUGGAAGACCAGGUUGUGUUGCUGGGAGGCAAGCCCCUUGGUCCCGGUCUCCUCACAGACCUCUGCGAGGAUAUGUCAACACUCGAGGUCAACCUUAGACUGCUCGGAGGUAAGGUCCACGGAUCCCUGGCUCGUGCCGGUAAGGUGAAGGGACAGACCCCAAAGGUCGAUAAACAAGAGAAGAAAAAGAAGAAGACUGGCCGUGCCAAGAGGCGCAUGCAGUACAACCGACGUUACGUGAAUGUAGUCCAGGGAUUCGGCCGCAGGAAGGGACCUAACGCAAACUCCUAAUUCCUUUGUACAUUUUUCAAGUUGAAAUAAAAUCUGAGUCAAGAAA